CGCCAAGGAGCGCCACUUCAUAUAAUCUUUAUAAUGUUUUAUUGAAUAAUGAUUAUUAAGAAUAAAAAGCACACAGACGACAUUUAGCAUAAGUUUGCUCCACAAAUGUUCGUAUGCCAGUAAUAAAUCAAGUUGCUUUACGAUGACGCCACAAUAAACUCGAUUUUAAUAUUUAGAAAUUAUUUGUCACACGUUGCGUUUCAUAUAAAUGUGUAUUCCUAACAUUGUUUAUCCAGAGUUCAGUUGUCAACUUCUGAAAUACAGCCGCCGUAAAUGUUUCCCAAUGGUGUUGGCAUUUUUCCAUUCAGGCAGAAAGUUCAGUUCAUUGAGGUCUGAUUGGUUCCUAGUCAAUCGUCGAUUUGAAUCUCGUAGGAUAAAAAGUUUGCGUGCUAUAACGAUUAUACUGUAUAUUUAUUUGACAGUCGAUUGACCAAGUGAGGAGUGGACGAAAAUGGCUGUUCCAAGAUGGCAGCAAAAGUUGAUGUCAGUAUUAAGAAUUCGAAACCAGAUAGUUCGCGAAUUCAUGGCUGAAUUUAUUGGGACAUUUAUUUUGAUCGCUUUUGGUGACGGUUCAGUUGCGCAGUCGGUUUUAAGCAAUUCGGAAAAAGGAGGAUUCUUGUCAAUCAACUGGGCAUGGGGUGUCGGCGUUACCAUAGGUGUAUAUUUUGCAUCCGGGAUAUCAGGUGGGCAUCUUAACCCAGCAGUUACGCUAGCGUUCGCUAGCAUCGGCCGUCUGUCUUGGAAGAAAGUACCCUUCUACAUGCUUGCACAAUUGCUUGGCGCUUUUACAGCAGCAGCGUGUGUAUUUGGAGUCUAUUCAGAGGCGAUUGAUGCAUUUGAUGGCGGUAACCGAUCCGUGAUAGGACCCAAAGCUACAGCAGGAAUAUUUGCCACUUACCCGGCUGAAUAUCUGUCGGUGUGGGGCGGGUUUGGAGACCAGGUGUUUGCAACAGCACUCUUGAUGGCUUGUAUUCUUGCCAUCACAGACAAGGAUAACAAUAAACCUCCAAAUGGUAUGGAGCCAUUUAUCGUAGGUCUAGUCGUCUUCGCCAUCGGGCUUGCCUAUGGGCUUAACUGUGGCUACGCAAUUAACCCCGCUAGGGACUUUGGCCCCAGACUGUUAACAGCCUGUGCGGGAUAUGGCAAGGAAAUUUGGACGCCAAGGGGCAUACAUUGGUGGUGGGUUCCGAUAGUCGGGCCGUUCGUUGGCGCAAUCGUCGGGGCAAUUACCUACCUUAUCGUCAUCGAAAUACACAACACUGAAGAUAACGAGGACAAGUACACUCAGGAGCUGGUCGUCUAUACCCCAGAUGGACCUUAAUCAGUGCGCUGCAUGGUACGACUUCUAGGCCUACGUCUUUCUUAAGUCUGUUAUCGUCUCAUGCCCUUGGUCAAAUUUAUAUUGUGAAUAGCUUUCCAAACGAAGGUUCUAUUUGUUGGCAGCAUGUGACUUUUAAAUGAAAUUUUGUUGAAUAAAUAAAUAUAGUAUAAAAGUGUCAAAAUCUACAAGGUAUGUAUUUUUAAAAAUCAAAUAGCAUAUUAACGACGAUGACGAUCAUAAUGAUAACAGUGCAUAUCGCCAUCUUAGUUCAUAUUUUUGAAAAGUUAUGUUAAACAUUUGCGUUGAGGGUGGAAGGCGGUAACUGAAAAAGUUAAUGUGAUUGGAUGUGCAACUUCUAGGCCUAGUUCCAUUAAGUCACAUCACAAUUUCACGCAAUGAAAAUUGCACUAUACAUUUUACUGUACAGUACUAAUCGUUUAACUUUAAUGGUCUCAUAUUCAUCGUUCUUUCAUCACAUUAAUGCACAGUAUGGUCUUCAUGGAAAACUGUUAGAUCGAAUUCUUUAUUAAUGUUAAGUUAUCAGCGUUUUUCUCAAAAUAUAUCAGAACGAACUCAAUGUGUGUCAAUUCGAUUACUGACAAAGAAAAGCACAAUGAAGAUAUAACUGCCAUGAAAAUCUACAUUUAAAUAAAUUACUAUGUAUUUUUCAAUACGUUAUUAGCUUGCAAUUGAAAAUUAGAACAAGAAUCUGUGACCAAAUCUAAUAAAUAUGUUUUGCUGUUUACUUAGAUAACAUAUAGUGGGAUUGAAUAGCCUGGUGGUUAACUUGCUUGCCUUCCAAUCCCAAAGACCUGGGUUCAAUUCCUGUUAUAUAUUACGUAUCGUGUGUG